AGGCAGACGUAUUGCGACAGACGUAAACAGGAAGUACUGCACACUGCUGUGGCAGCGUGAGAGCUGAAAGUCAACCUAAGGAAAGAUAUUAACACGAAUUAUGUUGCCUUCUCUUUGCUCCUAUUCUCGUGAGACGUUUGGGUUAUAGGGCUUCUUUUGUUUGGGAAAGUGCGGGUCUUGCAGUGAUGUUUCAGACUGCAGCUAAGACUUUCUCCGUGUCAGCAGCCACCGCAUCAGCUUACCGAAGGGUCUUCUUAGUGGGUCUUCGACGUUACUGUAAGAAGACCUCGACAAAACUCCGAGUAUCCGAAGCACUUACUGGAGCUCAGCUGGGAGCAGAUGUGAAAGUCCAGGGGUGGGUAAGGUCUGUCAGACCUCAGAAGAACAACAUAUUUCUUCAUGUCAAUGAUGGAAGCUCCUUGCAAUCUCUGCAAAUUGUUGCUGAUUCAAAACUGAAUGAUCCGUUGCUUACAUUCGGUAGUGCCGUAGAAGUCACUGGUAUUCUUAAGAAAAGUCUUCAUCAGAAGCAGCCAGUUGAACUGGAGGCAGAACGAAUCCGUGUAGUCGGAGAAUGCAACCCUGUCAAUUUUCCAUUUAAAAUCAAGGAGAGACACAGCCUUGAAUACAUCCGGCAACUUCCUCAUCUCAGGUGUCGAACGAACGCCUUCAGUUCCCUGCUGAGGAUACGAAGUGAGGCCACUGCAGCAAUUCAUUCAUACUUUAAAAAUAAUGGAUUUGUACAGAUUCACACUCCUACUAUCACCUCAAAUGAUUGUGAAGGAGCAGGAGAGCUUUUUCAAGUAGAGCCAUCAGGUCCGGCCUUUGUGGAUGAUAACUUUUUCUCUGUACCUGCAUUUCUGACUGUAUCAGGACAGCUUCACUUGGAGGUGAUGUCAGGGGCUUUUUCCAGAGUCUACACAUUCGGGCCAACGUUUCGAGCAGAAAACUCCCAAAGCAGGCGCCACCUGGCCGAGUUUUUUAUGGUUGAAGCAGAGAUCUCCUUCACCGAGUCCUUAGAGGAUCUCACCAAGGUCAUGGAGGACGUGUUCAGGUCUGCCACCGAGUGCGUGUUGGCUCGCUGUGCGGAGGACGUGGAUUUGUUUCACCGCCAUGUGACUCCUGGACACAGGGACACAGUAGAGGCCAUGCUGAACAAGAGCUUCCCUGUGAUUAGUUAUACCGAGGCAAUAGAUAUCCUACACAGCAGCUCUGAGAAAUUUACCUUCCCCACAGAUUGGGGCUGUGACCUUAUGACAGAACAUGAGAAGUAUCUGGUGAAACAUUGCGGAAAUGUUCCGGUCUUCAUCACCGAUUAUCCAUACGACCUGAAGCCGUUUUAUGCAAGAGACAAUCAGGACCAUCCCAAGCACACAGCAGCUGCAGUGGACCUCCUUGUGCCAGGAGUUGGAGAGCUCUGCGGGGGCUCGCUGAGAGAGGAGAGGCUGAAUCUGCUGAUGGCUCGGCUGAAACGGGUUGGACUAGAGGAUACAUACAAGUGGUAUCUGGACUUAAGGCGUUUUGGCUCCGUCCCCCACGGUGGCUUUGGGCUGGGAUUUGAACGCUACUUGCAGUGCGUUCUUGGAGUUGACAACAUUAAAGAUGUGAUUCCUUUCCCAAGAUUUUCACAUUCUUGCCUCCUAUAAAAACGCAUCUUUUUUUGUCCAAUCUGUUGUAUUGUUGUAAAUGUUUCUGCCAUUAAUAAAUUUAACUAUAUCAAAGGCACGUGUGUUCAUUACUGUUUUGUAUAUACGUAUAUUUAGAUGUUCAAGGCUCCCACACUAGUUUUGUCAUUUACACUCAGCAUCUAUUUAUGAAACAUUUUUGGGGUGCUUGGUUGCUCACUAGAUACUAAUCUUGUUUUUUUUUCUU